ACUCACGGCUCGUCCACACCCGCGCCCUCAGAGGUCAGCGUGGCAGGUGUGGAGGUCACAGGUGAGUGUGGCAGGGUGGAGAGGUCGAAGUGGCAGAGGUCAGUGUGGCAAGGCGGAGUGGUCAGUGUGGAAGGGCACAGAGGUCAGUGUGGCAGAGGUCAGCGUAACAGAGGUCAGUGUGGCAGAGAGGGGAAGUGGUCAGUGUGGCAGAGUGCUGAUGUUGGCGUCAUUGCAAGCAGCUUUGAGAUUGGCAACCUGGCCCUAAUCUUGUUUGUUAGUUACUUUGGCGCCAAAGCUCACCGUCCCCGUCUCAUUGGAUGUGGUGGUAUCGUGAUGGCUCUCGGGGCUUUGCUGUCUGCCCUACCCGAGUUUCUGACUCAUCAGUAUGAGUAUGAAGCCGGAGACUCCUGGCACGCGGAGGAUGGCAGGGACGUGUGCUCCAACAGGACCAGGUCAGAGAACAGAGAUUCUGGCUUCAACUGUGACAACCGAGCAAACACCAACAUGAUGUACCUGCUGCUUAUCGGAGCUCAGGUCCUGCUGGGCAUUGGAGCUACGCCUGUCCAGCCUCUGGGAGUGUCAUACAUUGAUGACCAUGUCCACAAAAAGGACUCCUCAUUGUAUAUAG